AUGUCAGCUCACUCUAAAGUCGAAAAAGAAGACGUCCUCGACUGCAAGCAGCAGCAGAAGAAGAAAAAGAAGGUCUGCGCCAACUGCAGUGCCACCUUCUACGCCAACGACAACGACGGUGAUGAUCAGCAGGAGUGGGAGGAGGAGGAAGAGGAAGAAGUAGUAGUCAGCGACAGCACCAGCACUGCAGCCUCCAGCCUUCUGUCUCGCUCACCGGAAGAGGACAUCACCUCCAACACUGAAGAGGACGAUGAUGAGGAGGAGGAAGAGGAAGAGAACGAGUCCUCCAGCCUGCUGGUGAAGCCCAACCGCUACCCGACGGCGUACAUGCUCUUCACAAAGGCCUUUUUCGAGCAGUACCGCGCCGACCACCCCGAGGAGGUCAUCGACAAGGCGGCCUUCGGCCAGCUGGCCUCCAUCCGCGCCGCCCAGUGGGCGGCGAUGACCGAGGCGGAGAAGGCGCCCUACACGGCCGCUUCCGCCGUGGCCAAGGCCCGCUACGAGGAGCACAUGGUCGCCUACAAGGCGCAGCAGCUGGCGCUGGCCGCCCCCAAGAAGCCGCUCACCUCGUACAUGACCUUUGCCGUUGCCGAGCGACCCAAGGUCCUCCAGGAGAUGCAGAAGACGACUGGGACUGGUGGUGGGCGCCGUGCCGGCUCCAAGGUGGGCGUCGUCGAGGUGGCCACUGAGCUGGGUCGUCGCUGGGCCGCCUUGCCGACGGCGGUGAAGAAGGCCUACGAGAUGACGGCUGCUCGUGCUCGAAAAGAGUACGCGGCGGCGCUGGCUGAACAGGAGGCGGCUGAAGAGGAAGAGGAGGACGAAGAAGGUGAGGAGGGUGAUGAAGAUGGAGGUGGUGGUGGCGGUGGCCAGGAAGAGGAUACUGAGAAUGAAGGCGAAACCGACGACGAUUCGACUGCCGCCACCGCUGCUGCUGAUGAUGAUGACGAAUCAGCGAGCGAGUUUGUGGAGAGCACCGUCGAGGAGAGCUGCAAUGAGAAUGAUGAAAACGAGGACUACGAGGAAGAGGACGCCGGGCAGGAGAAGGAGGAGGACGUCCUCGCCUACUGCAGCCGCUUCUUCCGCCGCCGUCGUCGCCGUGGCUCAUUCUCGCCCUCCUACUCGUACUCCUCGGGCGAGUCCUUCGACUCCUUCGACGGCGAUGAGUUCGAAGAGGAAGAAGAGGAAGGCGGAAAAAUGAAGACUGGGCAGUGA